GAACUCUAGAUAUCUAUCGGCAUACAUUUGUAGAUAUCAAGAAGCGGGCAGUUUCUGCUUCUUAGUAUCUAUUCUAAGUUGUUUUCAAACAAAUUUCUCUGGUAACAAUUAGUCUGGGUAACAAAGUAGGAAAUAUUAUUGCUUUUAUGCAUACGUCUAAUAUUUGCAUAGAUAGAAACUAAUAAUUUCUUCAAAAUGCCUCAAGUAGCAAGCGGUUGGAUAGUUCUGCCUAUUUUAGCCGUUGUUGCAGUGGGAGCUUUCAUUUGGAAGAAAAAACGAUAUGUGAAAGUGGGAUGCAUUAAUAGAAUACUGUUCUAUCCUGUGAAGUCCCUGAGAGGACUGGAAAUCACAGAAGGAAAGUGUACGAAAUUGGGACUUGAAGUAAAUGGACUCUUAGACCGUUCAUUUAUGAUAAUAUCGGAAGAAGAUAAUAAACUGAUUUCUCAGCGUGAAGCACCAACACUAUCUCUACUGACGCCGAAAAUUGUUGACUCAAAUCUUAUCAUUUCUGGACCUAACGUAGACCCUUUGACUGUAAAGAUAGAAUCCACUCCUAACAAGGAUGAUAAAAUUAUUGAAUGUCAGGUACAUGGAGAAGUGUGUUAUGUUGUUGAUUGCGGCGAACAAGCAUCAAAAUGGUUUCAGAAUUUUCUAAAAAGGCCCAAUAUUCGAUUAGUUCAUUUCUUUCCCGAUUUUCCCAAAAGAAAGUUUGUACAAAAUCAUCAGUUUUUCAAGAAAUUAAGAGAGAAACAUCCAAUUUCCCUUCAAGACAUAGCUACAUUUCAUGUUAUGUCACAGUCAUCAAUUGAUGAUUUGAACUCCAGGCUUGUUGAGAAACAAAUUUCUUUCCGAAAUUUCCGUCCCAACAUUUUAGUUGAUGGAUGUGCUGCACCAUUUGCGGAAGAUUCGUGGCAAUACAUAAAAUUUGGAGAGGAAGUUGAAAUGGAAAAUGUUUUUCCUAUCACUAGAUGCUUAAUGACAACGGUUGAUCCCGAUAAAGGAAUUUUAACUCAAAAAGAGCCAUUGACGACUUUAAGAAAGUAUCGAAUACCAAAGGAUCCUAAAAUAAUAAAAAUACUUGGCUCCAUUCCUUGUUUUGGAACUGGUUGCUUUGUAUUAAAAACUGGAACUAUCAAAGUACAGGAUGAAAUUUACGCUACAAUCACCCGUCCACUGGACACAGUACAGAAAUAAAGCUUUUUUAAUGAGUGACAUUUGCUUCAUUUAAACUGUUUUGUUGUAUGUUGAAAAUUGAAAGAAAUACACCUUUUUUUUUAUCCGCC